AUGUUAAACCCAAGGCUCUCACUUAGAGAAUUAUGUCAAGGUUUAAGUACUUCUCAGAGGAUUAUAAUUCUUUAUGUCUUUACAAAUAGUUUGGCAGGAUCAAUAUGGAUGAGUAACGCAUGGACCCCUUUUAUUUAUCAAAUUUUUGGUAACAGUAAUCUUCAUGUUGGUUUAUUAUCAGCUUUAAAUGGAGCAUUCGAAUUGAUAUUCGCCCUAAUAGGCGGUCACUUAGCUGACAGAGUUGUUGGACCAUCAGAAACGUUAUUAAUUUCUGCACGUGUAGGAAUGUGGUCACUUAUUACUAUUAUGAUUUCGGUAUGGAUCGGCAAUUGGGUUAUGCUUAUUAUUUCCCAAUCACUCUACGGUGCCUAUUUAGGGUUAAGUCUUACUUCUGUGGAGUCUGUCUUUGCCCAGAGUAUUCAACAAGGUGAGCGGGAUCACUUGUAUGGAGUGAAAUUCAGUUUGGAGGCCUCCGCCCCUAUUGGAGGACUUGUGCUUUCACUUAUUUUAUUUGCUCUCUUUGGCAAUACAUGGCGUUUGGAUGUAUUGCGUUGGAUUAUCACUGCAGGGGUUUUAUUACAUCUGGCAUCUAUACAAACACUCCUUUCACGGUUUAAACCAAUUCCUAGUCAUUUAGAUAAGGCGGCGGAUGAUAUACCUUUAGAAAUUGGGCAAACUAUUCCGGUAAACCUUUGUAAUCGUGAAGAACCACGAGUGUUUUGUGUAGAGGAAGAAAUUACGAACUGUGGGGUGAAGGAAGAAAAAAGCAUGAACCCUCUUUCUCAUUUAGAUAAAAAUGAUCAGGAGAAGAAUUUACAAAAAACUUCUUCUUCUUCCUCUUCUUAUUCUUCCAAUGAAUGUCAAAGUAAAGAUAUGAAUAAAAAUAAUCGAUGUGCGAAAUGUAUUUUUUAUGUUCCUCUAGAAAAAUAUCCCUAUGUUAUAGCAUUAUCAGAUAUCGUCAUUACGUUGGGGAGUGGUAUGACUACACAAUACUUUUCACUGUUUAUGAUGAAUAUUUAUCAUAUUUCCCCUGUUGGUUUAAGUUCACUUGGAUUGUUGAUUGCAAUGACAAUAUCUAUUCUUGCGAUAGUAAAUUCUCAUAUUGGAAAAAAAUUUGGAAGAACACGUGCCCUUCUGCCUCCUAAACUUUUGGGUACAUUUAUUCUUCUUUAUAUGGCUCUCGCACGUGGAACAUUAGCGGCACCUACAUGGCUUAUGUGUAUUGCAUAUGUUGCGAGAAUGGCUUUAAUGAAUUCCACCACAGCUUUGAGUCGAGCUCUUAUCAUGGAUAUUGUUUCUGAAGAGCGACGAGGUAUGUGGAAUGCGGUAGAAUCUUUUCAAUCCGCCUCCUGGUCUGGUACGGCUUUGUUAGGUGGAUUUCUUGCAGAUCGAUUAGGAUAUGGGGCUGCAUUUAUUGUUACCUUUGGUUUUCAUUUAACAGCAUGUCUAAUGAUUUCACCUUGCUUAUCACAGAAUGAUACGGUGUUGACUUUACAUCCCAAUGGAUCUACAUUAGGGGAUAAGGGAGAAAUAGCUUCUUCACACAAAACAACUAAUCAUAGUAGUUGUUCACAUAUCCCUGUUGUGGAUGAGGUGACUAUACUGAAUGUCACCGUGACGGAAGAACUUUCAGAGCUUAAGAAAACCAUAAGAGAAAAUAAGGAUAGCACUGAAGUAAGUUCAAGUAAAUAG